AUGCGCAGCAUAUUCAGAAGAUUCUCCUUUGCACGGUCGGCUAGGGAGUUUGUGGGGUAUCUCUCGGACGAGCUAUUCACAGCAGGGCAGGGCGCAGAGACGCAGAUAUACUAUACGAUAAUGGCAGACCCUGUGCGCACAGAAAUAAAGCAGCCAGAAAGGCCGCACUCCCCUUUGGUGGAGAUGAUGUUUAUGUGCUUGCUGUGCAUUCUGUGCACGAUGAUAUUCAAGUGCGCGAUACACUCUAUGAAGCCCAUCGUGUUUGAUGUCUCCGGAGGAAAUGCGUGUGCGAACAUAGGGAUGGGGGUUAUAUCGGCCCUCCUUGUGGUGCUGCAGUUUAGGAAGAUAUACAAGCCAGAGCCCGUGUAA